CAAUUCAGAAUCCAACUCGCCCUUUGCUGGCUUCUAGGGGCUGUUUCUCUCUCAACUACUCGCGCGUUAUCCACCCCUUCCAGCCGAACAGUGGCACCAGGAAAUUCGAUUAUUCCCGGAUCGUCGAUUGCCGUCAAGAUUGAUAGAGCAGCCGCGGUCUCCUCGCGCUCUCUGGGCGACAUCAAGUCCGUUGAACAACUGAUUCGAAACGCUCAAAAAGACUCUCGGCUGAGCAAAAGAGAGGUAGAAUUCACCGUUCAUCCUCUCAUCACCACCGUGUCACCAAAGAGAAUCACUCAGUUGGUCGAGAGAGCGACUGUCCUUAACCCAGACUACGUCCCAACAGAUUUCAGCACAUGGUAUCAAGUUCUUUUUCCGGAACCCGAGAGCGAGGACAACCAAACUCUCCAUGACCUUCUGGCUACGCUCUCUGGCUACCAAGAGGUAGCAAGCUGCCAUCCACUCGGUGGCGGCAUCCUCCCCGCCGUGGACCCCAGCAAUGACCCCCUAUUUCCAAGCCAGGGCUAUAUGACGCCAGCAGGGGAGGGUAUCAACGCGCUAUACGCAUGGGGAUUCCCCGGUGGCGAUGGAGCCAACACUACCAUCAUCGACAUUGAGAGGGGUUGGAAGCUGGAUCAUGAGGAUUUGGUGGAUGCUAAUAUCACACUUCUAGCCGGGUUGAAUGUCAAAGACAGAUAUCAAUCCAAUUACCGGCACGGAACAGCCGUUCUCGGUGCAAUGCUCAUGGUGGACAACAACAUUGGCGGCGUGGGCAUCAUCCCUGGAGCUCAGGGGCAUGUUGUCGGGGUGACGCGUGUUGUCGGCGGCGGCCCUUUUGAAAAUUAUCCCGAGGCCAUCCUGGAUGCCGUCGAUGCUCUUGGCUUUGGAGAUGCGAUAUUGCUUGAAAUCCAGGUUCCCGAUGCCAACGGCAACAUGUUUCCCGUCGAAAUCAUCGAUGCCGUGUUCGACGCCAUCUCCCUUGCAACCUCCUUGGGAAUUACGGUCAUUGAGCCAGCUGGCAACGGUCAGCAAGACCUGGAUGCUCCAAUCCUUUGCAUUGGCAGCGCAACCCCAGCGUCUAUUCUCAACCCGAGUAGUCCCGAGUUCCGCGAUUCGGGCGCCAUCAUGGUUGGCGCAGCGACGUCGACGAUACCUCGGACCAGAGUACUCGAGUCCAAUUACGGGGCACGCAUCGAUGUGCAUGCCUGGGGCGAAAACAUUCUCACCGCCUCAGUUGCGGGUUCGGCCGACGAUAUCGACACCUACUUGCCCUUUGACGGCACAUCGGGAGCCGCUCCCAUCAUUGCCGGCGCAGCCCUCAGCGUUCAGGGGAUGAUCAGUGCCAACCGCGGGACAAAGUUGGAUGCACUUGCACUCCGAGACCUGAUCAAGAUUGACGGAACACCCACCUCUAAUCCAUCCGUCGACAAGCUAGGAGUGCAGCCUGACCUUCGUGCGCUCAUUGACGGAGGCCAUCUUUUUAUCGUGUGUCAGCACGUAAACCUAGGUAGGACACGUUGGAGGCCAACAGGCUUAAAAGGCGACUUUGCCUGCUCUCCCAGCCAACUGUCCCUCUUCAAGUUCAUCCAACGUAAAGUACCUAGCCCAGUCUACCUCUUGAACAUGAAACCCCAAGCUAUCCUUUCGGCGCUGGCGGGAAGUUAUGAGCUGCUCAAUAUCACCAGAAACAGAGCCAACGACAGCGUUGAGAUACCAACCGCCCAAAGCCCAUAUGCCUUCACUGGUCUGCUCAUAUACACAAGCAGCGGCUACAUGUCCGCGCACAUGACAUCGUUCAAUGUCUCCAACCUUCCCGACGACGGAGCAAACAUGGUCUGGCCCCCUCGAAACACCACAGAUCUUGACGACGCGUGGGCCGUUGUCGCCAAAACUACGCUUGCAUAUGCUGGCGCCUUGUCGAUUGAUCCAGAGGUUCCGUCCACCAAAGAGUCCGGAGCUGUCCUGCAUGGCCCGCUUCAUGUCACAAACACGCCCGCAUGGGUCGGUGGGACUCAAAGACGGAACUACAGGGUGGUGAAGCACAAAGGCCAAAACGGGGGCACAUUCUUGAGACUCAGCGCACCUGUGAACGCAGACGCUACGGUUGAGGGUACGCUUUGGUGGAGAAAACUGGACUGA